AUGAUAAAGCCGACCCAGAGCCGUUGUCUGCUUCGUCUCAGUCUCCUUGCUGUCGUCGGUGCCAUACUUGCAUUGUUCAUCUGGUCCCUGUGGUUCGGUGUCAACUCCGAUCGAGACAAUGUACCGGCCUUGAUCAACCAUCUCAUUCCUGCUGGCCAUUGUGCCUGCCAAACAGCUGUGUCAUUCGAAUGUGGGAGUUGCCUCCAUGGCGCGUCUGGUCAAUCUGACAAUGCUACACCAAUGGCACGAACUUAUAAUCCAGUCUACGACGCACACAACCUAUCCCUCAAUGCUGCCCAGUGCCAGAGCUUCUUUCCAGGCCUGUUCGAAGAUGUCCACCGCGCACAGACAUUCUGGCUUGCGAAGAGUGGCAUAUCGAUGCAUGACCUGAAUGAGAUUCAUCUGGUUGAUGGUAUGACUCGUGCAGCAGUUGUCAACGGUCAGCUAUAUGUGAUAUCCACUCACUCAAGGGGAGAUGACCAUCGCCGUAAGAUCUUGGGAAUUUUGGGUUCAAUUCACCGUGCACUAGCAACGGGUCCUAAUACUUCUGUUCUGCCUAAUACGGAGUUCGUCUUCUCCGUUGAAGACAAAGUAGAUGAUGUUGCCAGUCCACAUCACCCUCUAUGGGUAUUGGCCCGGAAACAUGAGGAACAAGCCGUGUGGCUCCUGCCAGACUUCGGCUUUUGGGCAUGGGAACACGGCAAGGUUGACGGCAAAAUCGGUCCGUAUACUCAGGUGGUUGAUCGUAUUCGACACAAAGAGGUACCAUGGGAAGAGAAAGAGGCAAAGCUGGUGUGGAGGGGUAAACUGAGCUUUGCGGCGAAGAUGCGACGGGCAUUGUUGGAGGCAGCCAGAAAUCAGCCGUGGGCUGAUGUCAAGGAAAUAGUAUGGAAGGAACAGACGAACUUUAUUAGCAUGGAGGACCAUUGUCGGUAUCGCUUUAUUGCUCAUGUGGAAGGACGAUCCUAUUCUGCUUCUCUGAAAUAUCGCCAGGCAUGCGGUUCCGUCGUCGUCGCACAUAAACUUCAGUAUAUCCAACACCACCAUUACCUCCUUGUCUCGUCCGGCCCGGAUCAGAAUUUUGUCGAAGUGGAGCGCGACUUUUCUGAUCUGCCAAGAAAGAUGCAGGCACUGCUAGAGGAUCCAGCGUCUGCUGAGCGCAUUGCCAAUAACAGUGUGACUACCUUUCGGGAUCGAUAUCUAACUCCAGCUGCAGAGUCAUGCUAUUGGCGCGAACUUCUGAACGGAUGGACGGCGACAUCGCCACAUAUCACAAACGCAAUUACGCCAUCUGAAUUUGUACUCAGAGGAAUACGCUAUGAGUCUUUUGUAUUGCUUGAUAGCCAGAAAAUGAUGCACUUUCCAUGA